CGAGAGAGAGAGAGAGAGAGAGAGGUCGAGGCAGUGCGGCUUGGCAGAGGGGACGGCGGGACCCGGAGGAGAAGCCGGCAUGGAGCCCAACAGUCCCCGCAAGAUCCAGUUCACUGUCCCGCUGCUGGAGCCGCAUCUCGACCCGGAGGCGGCGGAGCAGAUCCGAAGACGUCGCCCAACAGCUACCUUGGUCUUGAGCAGCGACCAGUCUUCUCCUGAAAUUGAUGAAGACCGGCUCCCCAACCCUCUUUUGAAGCCAGGAAUGUCGAUGUCUCCAAGCAGAAGGAAGGUUUCUCGCACCACCCCCACCAUGAAAGAGCUCCAGCUGAUGGUUGAGCACCAUCUCUGCAAGCAGCAGGCAGAUGAGGAGGAUGUCAGCACUGGGAGCCAGGAGCCCCACAGCCCAAGCUGCUGCCCUCAUGCCAACUCAAAGCCCGGCCACAGUCCUGGGAGUUGCCCUUUGGCCCAAGCUCAGGCUCAGCUGGGCAUUCAGCAGGGGGAGCCCGCUGGCCUGGAGGAACAAGGAGCGUCACGGGAGCUUGCUGCGCAGAGAGACCCAGUAAUGUGAAGCCAGACCUGUCCUCAGAGAAGCAAGGAGUUCAUAUACCACCGGAGAGCUCUGUGGAGAAGCAGAAGCCGGCCAAGGAGUGAUGCACUGCUUCAAGAAUGGAGAUUAUGUCCGAACACAGGCGGAGCUCAUGUCUACAUACUGGAAUAUCACACAGCAGUUUUCGUUAAAGAAUUUUUUUUGGUUGUUUUUUUAAGAUUUCAAUGGCUGUUCAGAUGUUUGUAAUGUCCCUCCCCCCUUUUUAAAAAAUGAAAUGUCCAAUGGCCUAGGGGAGGAUGUCUAUUCAGUUUGGGCUUGGGCUCAUGUUUUAGGUGUUGAAGUAGAAAAAGGUGAAUCAGCCUAGAGCACUAGAGAGUAUGUUUGUUAGUUAGCAGAGCUGGAGAAUCUCCAUAUUGUACAUUUAUCACUGGCCCAGUUCUCCAGAACAGCAGAUGAGUUUGUAAAGUCUUAUGCCCUGGAGCUGAACCACUUAAGAGCUGGAGUGAGGCACCUGGCUGUGCACUCCAAGCACACAUGAUAGAUUUCUUUAUGCCAAGAACUGCAGAGAAUUCUAACUUGGCUCUUUCUCUGAUGUGCCAUUUUUUAUAUACAAAUAUUUUGUUGUAGUAGUAGUCGUUGUUGGGUAGAAGAGCAUUCAGUUCAUGUAAGCUUCCACCUGCAGUCCUCACUUAUGUAGUACAGCUCAAAAAUAGGUUUACCAUUAUUUCAUCUGCUGUGGGAGAGAUCUAGGCCACCAGCUAGAUGAUUUUAUUCCCUUAGACCUCGUUUUUCUAUAUUCUACAAUGAUGUUUUCCUAGCCGUCUAAUACUGAUUUCUACAAUUUUUAUUGCUUUCUACUGUAGCCAUAAGUAGGUGCAGGCUGGGAAAAUCUGCAGCUCCUCCUAUCAUGCUUUGGAAGGAAACUAGGAUGGGAACAGUAAAGUAGAGCAGGAAUGGGGGAACCUCCAAAAGUGGUUGGGACUCCAUGUCCCAUUAGGCAGUCAGGAUGAUGGGAGCUAUAGUCCAAAAUAUCUGGACAGCUAUCCAAAAGCUUCCUGCCUAUAAUGUGGGGGGAAUCUGAACAAAUGACCACCUCCUCUUUAUUCCUUCUCCAGCUGAGCUGUCCUUUCUUUGGGAGUGACAAGAUACAACAGUGCCUUCUGGAGAGAGCAGCAGGUUUUCCUCCCUUGAAACAACCUACAGGCCUCAGCCGUGUGUGCAUAACCUCCAGGAUUGUCACACAUUAAACAAAAAAAAAGUCUGCUUAUUUCCUGGGACGUUAGAGUAACACAGUCGUGAGUGCUUGAAAUAGCUGUCUAUUUUUUCUCCUUAUGCUGGACAUAAUACCAGUAUUUUGAAUUUUCCUCUUAAGUAAUAGCAAACGCAGUCAAGACUUCCCUGUCAUAAAGAAACCAGUUGAAUGCAGCCUAGACGAAGGAGCGGAGGACAGCUCAGUGACUCUUACAGUGUUUUAAGCCAAAGCCUCAAUAUGACAUGGGCCUUCUGUAAGUCAGCACCCUUCAGAUUUUGUUGCAGUCCAAUUCCCAUCUGCCUCAGCCAGAAUAGGCAAUGGGGGCAGGGGUGGUGGAUUGUAGUUCUAGCAACAUUUGGAGGGCACCAGGUUGGGGAGAGGUGCUGCAUGCCUUUAUUACACAAUCAUUACUCCACCCGCAAAAAGGGUGGCUGCAGGCUAGAUACACAGGUCCAAGAUAUCAGAGGUCCCACUUGAGUUUCUCAUCAGUCGUACAUUGUGUAUCCCUGAAUCGUUGGCAGAGUUUUACAUAUCUGGACCCCAUUCUGGGCUCUCUUCCCCCAUCACACAUGUGAAUUCUAUUUUCUUUAUUAAACAGGUCAUCUUUGCUUGGUUUUUGAGUUCCAAA